UCCUACGAAAGAACCACCAGCCAUCAGAGCGUGCAACUGCGCCCUCUUGCUCUCGGCCUAUUCUUUCUUUUACGCUCAUACCACGACCUCAACAAAAGCAGGCUAAGCUUUCAGUCGUUCGCCUCUGUUCACCCGAAAUUAUUUAUCUCAGCCCAACACGAUCCAACAAACACAAUUGACAGCCGAACCUAUGGCUCAGUCGCUAGUCCUGCGGCACACCGUCUCAGCCGUGCUCGCAUCCUCGCCCUCCACCACGCAAAGACAACGGCCUGCCGUCAAUCGCGCUCGUGCGGGCCUGUGCGCGUCGAUCGGUGACUUCAGCGCGGCGCCGAUCCCCGAGUCGCAAGUGGUGCCGCGGCUGUGCCACCUGGAGGACUUCCACGAGUCGUCGACGGGCGAGGCGGCGGUGCGGCCGGCGGAGCUGGCGGUGCGCGUGGUGGACGACGGGCACGGCAAGCGGCUGGCGGACCUGCUCAUGGCCACCGUCGAGGCGUCCGCGCAGGUCGAGGACCUCGAAACCGUCGCCGGACGGGGCGCCAUGGUGGCGCUGGCGCUGGCCCUGCUGGUGGAGUUCGCGACAGGCAACGGCGUCUUCAGCGGCGUCGACCCCGCCGCGCUGCUCCCCGCGCUCUCGUUGGGCCUCGCCGCAGCAGUGGUGUCGGGGGCGUACGCCGUGGCGUGGCGCGCGAAGCGGCACGUGGCGGACAUCUUGGCGCACGGCUGCUUGCACUGGAUGGACGCCGCCGUCGACAACAUCAUCGACGGCGCCUUCUUCGACGCGCGCCCCAAAGCGCACCACGCGCCGCCGCGCCACAACUAGCCGCUUCACGAGCAAGCAUGCAGCGCGCAUGAGGGCUGCGCUCGUGAAGAUCUAUGGGCUCGUGAGAUUAGUCUGAUGCAUAGUAACGUGAAGAAAGGCGGAUGGACGAAUGGCAGUGCGUGUGUGUGAGUGGCUUGUGUGUCCUCUGGAGGUCAGGACUCGGUUGUGUGUGCUACGGAGUGCUGCUGGUGCGGAGUGGGCAGGGUGCAGAGUGAGGCGGGGCGACAUCCAUGUGCGAGGCAGUAGCAGCAGCUGGGGCAUGCGUGGCUGCGCUGCCAGUUGCGAAGCUCGCUGCGGCCAUGCGUCUACAUCGGGAGCAGUUGUCUCUGGCCAUUGCCUCCCCUAACGACUAGCAGAGAAAGGCAUAGCGGCAGGGGUAGACAGUGGUCCGCCUGGGGUGGUCGAGAGCACAGAAGAAGAUCACCAGGUUUAGACAGAGGCAGAGGCAGCCUUGGCCACGGGACGAGCUCGUAGAGGAGCGAGCAACCAGCAGUGCAGCCUGCAGCUGGCGCCGUAGGUGACAGCUGGCACACCCUUGCUGCCUGCUUGCCCUGGGCGCUGCUGGGUUGGCUGUGGUCCUGGUGCGGGCUGAGGGGGCAGAGGCAGACUGGGCUCGCGGAUGCACAUGGGCUUGCUGUCGCUCCCGCUGCUCCUGCCGAAGCUCUGCCUGCACCUGCUGCCGUUGCCGUGCUGCCUGUUACUGACUGCUGUGGCACCUGCAGGUGCUGUACCCAUUGCACACUCGGUCUUGGGUUGGUUUGAGCAAAAAGAGCCAAGUUUAGGCUACUGCUUGAUCCCCACCAUUCUUUGGGCUAUGCCCUGCAAAGCCUGUAAGCUUUGUACUUGUGUACAGUGGAGUUUGAGAAUUGCAUUAGCUAAACCAUAACCCCGAACGCAACACUUAGGCCCCUGGUAUCAGCUAAGUGUUCAAAUUAUAUAAGUUAUAAUUUAUAUAGGCUUGGUAGGUUGUUACUGAACCUUUCUGUAGGGGGUACAAACCCCUCCUUGUACUCCCCUCUCUUCUAAU